GGGCUGGGGGCGGGGGCUGGGGCGACCCGCGUCCGGACCCUCCGUGGGGCCCCCGCGCGCGAGCCCCGAGAGGCCGCCGCCCCGCAGAGCAAUCCCGCGCGGGCCCCGGACACAUGCGCGGCCUCCGGCGUGCGGGGAGGGCGGCGGCCGCGGCUCUGGGAGGCCUCGUGCGGACCCCGGCGCACCCCUGGGCGCCCCCCGCGCCUCGCGCAGGGAGCAGCCGAGCUGGUGGGGGUCCUGAUUCCGGGCGAAGCAGGGAGAUACGACGUCUUUGCGGGCGUUACAGGUUUUCCUGGGGUUCUCAAAGGGAUCCGUGGCCCCACAGAGAAGACACCUCGCCUCGAACCAUGAAUCUCGACAUUCAGUGUCAGCAGCUGAGUGACGCCCGGUGGACGGAGCUCCUGCCUCUGAUCCAGCAGUACCAGGUGGUCAGGUUGGACGACUGUGGCCUCACGGAGGUGCGGUGCAAGGACAUCUGCUCUGCCCUCCAGGCCAACCCCUCGCUGACCGAGCUGAGCCUUUGCACGAAUGAGCUGCACGAUGCCGGGGUGCGGCUGGUGCUCCAGGGCCUGCAGAGCCCCAGCUGCAGGAUCCAGAAGCUCAGCCUCCGGAACUGCUGCCUGACGAACACUGGCUGCGAGGUCCUGCCCGACGCGCUGCGCUCCCUGCCUACCCUGCGAGAGCUGCAGCUCAGCGACAACCCGCUGGGGGACGCGGGCCUGCAGCUGCUCUGCAAAGGACUCCUGGACCCCCAGUGCCACUUGGAGAAGCUUCAGCUGGAGUACUGCAACCUGACGGCCGCCAGCUGUGAGCCCCUGGCCGCAGUGCUCAGGGCCUGGAGGCACGUCAAGGAGCUUGUGGUAAGCAACAACGACAUCGGCGAGGCUGGUGUGCAGGCGCUGUGUCGGGGCCUGGUGGACUCUGCCUGCCAGCUGGAGACGCUCAAACUGGAGAACUGUGGCCUCACGCCGGCCAGCUGUCAGGACCUGUGCGGUGUCGUGGCCUCCAAGGCCUCGCUGCGGGAGCUGGACCUGGGUGACAACAAGCUGGGUGACCAGGGCAUCGCCACACUGUGCCCCGCGCUGCUGCACCCCGGCUCCCGGCUCAGGGUCCUGUGGCUCUGGGACUGUGACAUCACCACCACGGGCUGCAGAGACCUGUGCCAAGUGCUCAGGGCCAAGGAGGGCCUGAAGGAGCUGAGCCUGGCAGGCAACGCGCUGGGGGACGAGGGUGCCCGGCUGCUGUGUGAGAGCCUGCUGGAGCCCGGAUGCCAGCUCCAGUCCCUGUGGGUGAAGUCCUGUGGCCUCACGGCCGCGUGCUGCCCCCACGUGAGCGCGAUGCUGACCCACAACAAGCACCUCGUGGAGCUGCAGAUGAGUGACAACAAGCUGGGCGACUCCGGCGUCCAGGAGCUCUGCCAGGGCCUGAGCCAGCCUAGCGCCACGCUGCGGGUGCUCUGGCUGGGGGACUGCGACGUGGCCAACGGCGGCUGCAACAGCCUGGCCUCGCUCCUGGUGGUCAACCGCAGCCUGCGGGAGCUGGACCUCAGCAACAACUGCAUGGACGACCGGGGCAUCCUGCGGCUGAUGGAGAGCCUGGAGCGGCCUGACUGUGUGCUGGAGCAGCUGGUCCUGUACGACAUCUACUGGACGCAGCAGACUGAGGACCUCCUUCAGGCCCUGGGAGAACGCAAGCCAGGCCUGCGGAUUAUCUCCUGAGAGGCCUCCUGCCCCUCCCUCCUCCUCCGGACCUCCUGGCUGAGAGUGAAGAGAAGGGUUCCAAUCGAUGGACUUCUGUGGGAAAGUUUCGGACACUUUUAUUAAAGCACUUUUUUUGGCA